GAAUCGCACUCCCAUAUUUCUUUUAUCCUUUUAUCAACCAAUGUAAUAUACUACAUAUUAUUAUCACUGUUAUCAGUUUUACAAAGAAUUGUUCUUGUGUACUGUAUAGUGAGCGGGGUGAGAAUAUUUUUCGCAAAUAUUUUUAACCCUUUGUUAACUUAACCUAUUCUAAUUAAAACAAAUCAUCUCCAAGACAUAUUUUUGUGCUUAGACACUAUCGCCAAGAAAUUUAAUUUUGGAAGACUCAAGGUCAACCCGCGGGGCGAGAGGAUGAGUUUUUCCGAAAAAGUAGUUCUGGUGACCGGGGCUAGUUCCGGCAUCGGGGCGGCAACAGCGGUUCAUUUUUCAAAACUAGGCGCGAAAUUAGCACUAACAGGUCGCAACUUGGAAAAUUUAACAAAAACAGCAGAACAAUGUGCAUCAAAACCUCUACUAAUCACAGCAGACGUCACCAAAGAAGAUGAUCUUCGUAAAAUUAUAGAAACAACUAUUCAACAUUACGACAAAUUGGACGUUCUGGUUAAUAACGCUGGAGUAAUUGAAAGUGGGGGCAUUGAAACCACGAGCUUGGAACAAUAUGACCGACUAUUUAACACAAACGUGAGGGCCGUUUACUUUAUUACGAUGCUGGCUGUACCUUACUUGAUAAAAACUAAAGGCAGUAUUGUUAAUGUUUCUAGUGUUACUGGAAUAAGAGCGUCAGCAGGGCUUCUAUCUUAUUGUAUGUCAAAAUCGGCUCUUGAUCAGUUUACAAAAUGUGUGGCUCUUGAUUUAGCUCCCAAACAAGUGAGAGUUAAUAGUGUUAAUCCUGGAGUUGUUGUAACUAACUUACAUAAGCGGGGAGGAAUGUCUGAAGAACAGUACAAAGAAUUUCUCAAUAGGUGUCAGACAACGCACGCACUUGGAAGACCUGGACAACCUGAAGAAGUUGCUAAAACUAUUGCAUUUUUAGCUAGCGAUGAUGCUACUUUUAUAACGGGGGCGAUUCUUCCUGUGGACGGAGGACGUCAACUCUUAUGCCCUCGUUAAUUUUCUUGGCUUAAAACUUCUGCUAAUUGUGCUUAUCAUUAUUCUUAUAUUAUACAUAAUAAAGUAAACUUACACACU